UGUUUUUUCCAGCUCUACUCUAAUUUGCGGGUACGUAUUUAUUUAUAAAGAAACUGCAUAUUACGAAAAUGCAGAGCCAGCAAAUUGGUUUUGUGAUAGUUUUUCUCUGCUGCUGUCUCGUGGUCACAAAGCCCACGCCCCUAAGUGCCCACGACGACAUAUCGGAUUCGGAUGAAUCAGCCUCGGUCUCCGUGGAAAAGCAGCCACAAAGCAGCCUGCUUGACAACGACAGCGACGCUGACGACUCCUUGUAUCCCUUUGAUGACUCCAGACUGGUAGAUGAUCCGAUGCGGGGGAUGGAGCGUCAUCAGCGCGUUCAUGACCAAAAAUGGGAUGUGUUGAUAUUCACACAGCAAUGGCCGGUGACCACCUGCUAUCACUGGCGCGAGGACAACCCCUUGCAAGAGUGCACGCUGCCGCAGAAAAAAGAGUUCUGGACUAUACACGGCAUUUGGCCCACCAAGCUGGGUUCGCUGGGGCCCUCGUUCUGCAACAAGUCUGCAGAGUUCGAUGUGGACCAGCUGGAUGGCAUCUCCAAUCGCCUGGAGACCUUCUGGCCGGAUUUGAAGGGGGCCACGUCGCAGGAGUGGCUGUGGAAGCACGAGUGGCAGAAGCACGGCACCUGCGCCAUGCUCAUCGAGGAGCUGGACGACGAGCUCAAGUACUUUGGGCAGGGGCUCAGCUGGCGGGAGCAGUACAUCAUGUCGCGCAUCCUGGACGCCUCGGACAUCCAUCCCGACUCGAACAACACGGUCACUGCCAUCAACAAUGCCAUCGUAAAGGCGCUGGGAAAGAAUCCCUCCAUCCACUGCCUCUUCGACACGAAGCACGAGAUUAGCUAUCUCUCGGAAAUUCGCAUCUGCUUCAACAAGUCUCUCGAGCUGAUCGACUGCGACGGAGUCAAGCUGGGCGAUGCCGUCUCCAUCAAGUAUCCGGGUGGCAAUGUCACCACCAAUUGUCACAUCAGCAGCCUCGUCCACUACCCAAGUCUGGUGCCGCCGCUCCAGCGCAAGCGGGAAUGGAAGUUCCCGCUGGUGAAUGUCUACAAGCUGUUGCAGUUUCUGAUGUGGUUCACCCUGUAAUGAACACGAGAAAGUGGAAAGGGAAAAAAAAUUAUCUUAUUUUUGUAUAGAUUUAGUUUUGGGAUUGAAAUCCCUUUGGGAAGACAAAAGGAGCGCCUUAGGAGGACUUGUUAACUCCUCUUAGUUUUUCACUACACCUUACACUACUCCUCUGCCCCCUAAUUCGAUGCCCUCGCGGAGGAGGAGGUCACCGCAUGCACUGAGUCCAGACGUGUCCCUAAAUCCGAGUGGUAUUUUUUUUUGUGUAGAAGGAAAUAUGGCAAAUCAUCAAAUUAAGGGACCUUUUCCUUUUAUAAGCCCAACAAAGACAAGACCUCAGGCUAUUCCUUCAGCACCCUCACAGUUUGUUUCACAUCUACCCAUCCCAUCCCCACACCCAGAUCUCUGCAGGAUCAUUAGCCCUUUCCCAAUUCUAGUUCGUAAGAAUAACCCUACGACAUUUGUUUAAUUAAACACACACACAUCGAAUUAAU